UCCACCAUGCGGCGAGGUGGAUGGAGGAAACGAGCUGACAAUGAUGGCUGGCAAAAAUGGGGUGGGUAUAUGGCUGCAAAGGUCCAGAAAUUGGAGGAACAGUUUCGGUCAGAUGCUGCUAUGCAGAAGGAUGGAAGUUCAUCUACGAUUUUUAGUGGAGUUGCCAUCUACGUUAAUGGUUAUACAGAUCCUUCUGCUGAAGAAUUGAGAAAGCUAAUGAUGUUACAUGGAGGCCAAUACCAUGUGUAUUAUUCCAGAUCCAAAACAACUCACAUUAUUGCCACAAAUCUUCCUAAUGCCAAAAUUAAAGAAUUAAAGGGGGAGAAAGUAAUUCGACCAGAAUGGAUUGUGGAAAGCAUCAAAGCUGGACGACUCCUAUCCUGCAUUCCGUAUCAGCUAUACACCAAGCAUUCCACUGUGCAGAGAGGUCUCAACUUUACUUCCGUUUGCAAACCUGAAGAUCCUAUGCCAGGUCCAAGCAAUAUAGCCAAACAGCUCAACAACAGGGUAAAUCACAUAAUUAAGAAGACUGAGACAGAAAAUGAAAUCAAAGUCAAUGGAGUAAACAGUUGGAAUGAAGAAGAUACAAAUAAUGAUUUUAGUUGUGUGGAGCUGGAGCAGAUCCUUACUGGGCAGAAACAAAACGGAAUUCCACAUCACAGAGACAGUACUGCCAUGUUGAAUGGACACACUUAUAGCUCGAAUGGUGCCUUAAAGACACAGGAUUGCUUGGUGCCCGUGGGUAACAGUGUUGCCAGCAGGCUUUCUCCAGACUGCGCUGAGGAGGAGGAGAAGGCUGAGAAGAGCAGAGCUGAAUUCAGAGACUGCACUGUGCAACAGUUGCAGCACAGCAACAGAAACACAGAUGCUGUGCGGAGUCCACACAGAACUAAUCCCUUCUCAUUAUCAUCUUUGCAUAGUACCACUAAAAUAAACGGUGCUCACCAAUCCACUGUUCAGGGGCCUUCAAGCACAAAAAGCACUUCUUCAGUACCUUCUCUUAGUAAGGCAGCACCUUCAGUGCCAUCCAAACCUUCAGAUUGCGGUUUUAUUUCAGACUUCUAUUCUCAUUCAAGACUGCACCACAUAUCAACGUGGAAGUGUGAAUUGACUGAGUUUGUCAAUACCCUACAAAGACAAAGUAGUGGUGUCUUUCCAGGAAGGGAAAAGUUAAAAAAAAUGAAAACAGGCAGGUCUGCACUUACUGUAACUGACACAGGAAAUAUGUCAGUAUUGAGUUCACCCAGACAUCAGAGCUGUAUAAUGCAUGUUGAUAUGGAUUGCUUCUUUGUAUCAGUGGGUAUCCGAAAUAGACCAGAUCUCAAAGGAAAGCCGGUGGCUGUUACAAGUAACAGAGGCACAGGAAGGGCACCUUUACGCCCUGGUGCUAACCCCCAGUUGGAGUGGCAUUAUUAUCAGAAUAAAAUCCUGAAAGGCAAAGCAGAAAUACCUGAUCCAUCAGUGUGGGAGACUCAGGAUUCAGCACAAACAAAUGGAAUUGAUUCUGUUUUGUCAAAGGCUGAAAUUGCAUCUUGUAGUUAUGAAGCCAGACAAGUUGGCAUUAAGAAUGGAAUGUUUUUUGGACAUGCCAAGCAGCUGUGUCCAUCUCUUCAAGCUGUCCCAUAUGAUUUUCAUGCUUAUAAGGAAGUUGCACGAACAAUGUAUGAAACGCUGGCAAGCUAUACCCAUAAUAUCGAAGCGGUCAGCUGUGAUGAAGCACUAGUAGACAUCACUGAAAUCCUGGUGGAGACUAGACUUACACCUGAUGAAUUUGCAAAUGCUGUUCGUAUGGAAAUCAAAGCCCAAACUCAGUGUGCUGCCUCUGUUGGAAUUGGUUCUAAUAUUCUCCUGGCUAGAAUGGCAACUCGAAAAGCAAAACCAGAUGGGCAAUACCACUUAAAGCCAGAAGAAGUCGAUGAUUUUAUCAGAGGACAGCUAGUUAUUAAUCUGCCAGGAGUUGGACGUUCGAUGGAAUCCAAGUUGACAUCUUUGGGAAUUAAAACUUGUGGAGACUUGCAAUCUAUGACCAUGGCAAAACUCCAAAAAGAAUUUGGUCCCAAAACAGGUCAAAUGCUUUAUAGGUUCUGCCGUGGUUUGGAUGAUCGACCAGUUCGAACUGAGAAGGAAAGAAAGUCUGUCUCAGCUGAGAUCAACUAUGGCAUAAGAUUCUCCCAGCCAAAAGAAGCAGAAGCUUUUCUUCUGAGUCUUUCAGAAGAAAUUCAGAGACGACUUGAAGCUGCUGGCAUGAAGGGAAAACGCCUGACUCUGAAAAUCAUGGUGAGAAAGCCAGGGGCCCCUGUAGAAACAGCAAAAUUUGGAGGCCACGGAAUUUGUGAUAACAUUGCCAGGACUGUAACACUGGACCAGGCCACAGAUAGUGCUGACGUCAUUGGGAAGGCUAUACUGAACAUGUUUCAUACAAUGAAACUAAAUAUAUUGGAUAUGAGAGGGGUUGGGAUUCAUGUGAAUCAGUUGGUACCGAUUCAUCAGACCCCUCCCGUGUGUCCGAGCCGCCCCUCAGUGCAGUCGAGUCAGUUUUCUAGUGGGUCACACUCCGUCGUGGAUCUCUUCCAAGUACAGAAAUUGAAAUCCAUAGAAGAGGAGCACAAGGAAGUAUUUCUGGCUGCUAUGGAUCUUGAGAUCUCAUCUGCUUCUAGAACUUGCACUUCGUUGCCAUCUUUUCCUGCACACCUGGCAUCGACAGUCAGUCCCGUUCCCAGCAAAGCGGAGUGCUCAGUGCAGAAUGGUCUGCAUUCACCCGUCAGUUUGAAAUCCAGGCUUAACUUGAGUAUAGAGGUUCCAUCACCUUCCCAGCUCGAUCAGUCUGUUUUAGAGGCACUUCCACCAGAUCUCCGGGAACAAGUAGAGCAAGUUUGUGCUAUUCAGCAAAGUGAGCUACAUGGAGACAAAAAGAAAGAACCAGCAAAUGGCUGUGCUACAGGAAUAGUGCCACAGCCAGUUGGGACAGUUUUGUUACAGAUACCAGAACCUCAAGAAUCUGACAGCGACACAGGGAUUAAUGUCAUAGCCCUUCCAGCAUUUUCACAGGUGGACCCUGAGGUGUUUGCUGCCCUUCCUGCUGAGCUUCAGAGGGAGCUGAAAGCAGCAUAUGAUCAAAGACAAAGACAGGGAGAAAACACCACUCACCAGCCACCAGCCAGCACAUCUGUGCCAAAGAACCCUUUACUUCAGCUAAAAUCAGCAGCAGUGAAAGAGAAGAAAAGAAAUAAAAACAAUCCCAUCAGCCCCAAGAAAAAGGUUCAGAGCCCUUUGAGAAACAAGCUGCUGAGUAGUCCUGCAAAAGCUCUGCCAGGGCCCAGUGGGAGCCCCCAGAAGUUGAUCGAUGAUUUUCUGAAACAAGAAGGACCUGUGAAUGAAAAACCCCUGGGAGCGAUAACUGCCUCAACUUCAGGUGUAUCAGACUUUACUGAUCUACAGGCUGACCUGUCCAGCUGGGUUAGACCACCAGCACCUAAUUUAGCGGGAGCUGUUGAAUUCAAUGACGUGAAGACCUUGCUCAAAGAAUGGAUAACUACUAUUUCAGAUCCAAUGGAAGAAGACAUUCUCCAAGUUGUGAAAUACUGUACUGAUCUGAUUGAGGAAAAAGAUUUGGAAAAACUGGAUCUAGUUAUAAAAUACAUGAAAAGGUUGAUGCAGCAGUCGGUGGAAUCGGUUUGGACUAUGGCAUUUGACUUUAUUCUUGACAAUGUCCAGGUGGUCUUACAACAAACGUAUGGAAGCACAUUAAAAGUUACAUAAAUUUCACUGGGAGCCGGGAGCUCUCACUAGCUGUGCCAUGAGUGCAUGACAGUAAUGCUCUGAGUUUUCUCGUUUUAAAUUUCUUUUUAAGCAAGUGUUUUGUACAUUUCUUUUCAAAAAGUGCCAAAUUUGUCAGUAUUGCAUGUAAAUAAUUGUGUUAAUUCUUUUACUGUAGCAUAGAUUCUAUUUACAAAAUGUUUGUUUAUAAAGUUUUAUGGAUUUUUACAGUGAAGUGUUUACAGUUGUUUAAUAAAGAACUGUAUGUAUAUUUUGUAUAGGGUCUUUUUUGUGAAUCUUUAAAGCAACUGCUGAACUAUUGCUUAUUAUGCCUAAAACCUCCAGGCCAGACUCUGCUCAGCUUUGAAAUUCCUGAGAAGUCGCAGACCAGGAUUCCACUGGUUCCAAGGGUAGAGAUUCGAA